AUACGGCAAGCUGAAGUGGAAUAAACUGCUGGUAGUGUCACAAGACGAGUUCAUCUAGGCCUACAGAAUUUACUCAUAUCCUGCCAAUAAUUUACAUCGUAUCUUUACAAAAGGAGAGCAGAAAUGGCACAUUUAUCUAAAGGGAAACUGGUAGCUGUAAUCGGUGAUGAAGAUACUUGCACAGGAUUCCUGCUUGGGGGUAUCGGGGAAAUCAAUAACAAGAGACAAACAAACUUCAUGGUAGUUGAGAAAGAGACUGCAGUUCAUGAGAUUGAAGAAUGCUUCAAGAACUUUAUUGCACGCACCGAUAUUGCAAUCAUCCUCAUCAACCAGAACAUAGCUGAGCAUAUACGUCAUCUCUUAGAUAGUCACACUGAUCCAGUUCCAUCUGUUCUUGAGAUCCCAUCCAAAGAUAGUCCUUAUGAUCCUAGCAAAGAUUCAAUCCUCAGAAGAGCUAAGGGAAUGUUCAGUGCUGAGGAUUUCCGCUGAUGUCCUUGAAGAUAUACAUAUCUUACCAUCUCAUUCCAUAUAUAUAUAUAUAAUCAAGUUAUCUUAUAGGUUAAAAGAGGAAAGGUUAAACUUAAAGUGAGGAAGGGGGAUCCCAUGCAAUGUGUUCUGCUCAACAUGUGACAUUUAUGAUCCAUCUAUUCCAUCCAUGAAUUAAACAAACUCUUGGUGUGACCAUGACUAAUGAUAGAGAUGCAAAUUCAAUGGUCAUCUCAAGGGAUGAUUCAUAUUUUGAUGAAAAUAUGUAGAAAGGAAAGAUAUAUGUCGCACAGACCACAUUGCACUGAAUAACCCAGAAAUGUGAUCCAGUGUAAUGCACUAUACAUUUACCUUUAUAUGUUGAUGUUUAUAUGUUACAUGGAUAUGGUAUUAUUGUUAUUAUUAGGCAGUCAUGGAUGAAAAGAAUCAUUUGUUUAACUUUAUAACUUAGAAUAUUUAGAUAAAAUGUACAUGAAGAAAACCUCACAAAGAAUUUUAAUAUUUGGGUCCAUAUAUUAUUUUCUAUAAAAGGAACAUUAGUUGCAUAAUAUCUAAAGUAAUCUAGUGACAUCUUCAGAAAUGUAUCAAACAUGUUAAAUAACCUUACAGUACCGGUACUUGUUUUUUUUAGUGGUAAAGGUGUGUGUUGUGAUAUGUGUGAAUAGGAAGGACAACUACAAUAUACUUGUAAUGGAACACAAAUCUGUAUACUUGGUGUACAUGGAAUGGCAUGCUACUUGGUAAUACAUACCAACCCUUUUAAAACAAAUGAUUGUGUUACACUUAGUGUAUGGUCAGUAGCCUGUAUUACACAUUUUAAAGUAGAUUGACCCUCUAUAAUUAAGAUUAUAUUCAGCCCUAGAUGCAAUGUUAUUUGAUAUGCAACCACAAAUUGUUCUUGUAAUAAUAGAUUGUGAUCAUCUAUAUAUAGAUUUGAAAAUCUAAAGCAAUAAGCAACCAGACAAAAAUUUAUCUCAAAUUUUGUAUAUUCCAUAUACCGGUAUGUACUUGGUUUGUUAAAUGUUAGUUAAUCCUUAGAUUAGAAACACUUGUAUUUUGGGGAAACUUGAAUGACAUUGAAUUUAGUUCAGAAUAUUUUUGUUGUCAUGCUAAGUACCAUGUAAAAUGGGUGAUAUACAGUGUAGGAGGGCAGGCAGGGGUGUCAGUGAUCACCCCUCUCCUUUUUAUCCCUUGGAGCUUAACCACAAUCAUGUUCUGCCCCCAUCGGUGCUUAAUGAAAAUACUGUCCUUUCCAAUGUAGAACAAAUGUACAUUAUGUGCAAUAAUAUGACUUAGGAUGAUAAGGUACUUCUAUGUGUUACAGCUAUGUUAUUUGAAAAAAACAAAUGGCUCAUCGUGUUCAUUUGAAUUACCUGUAUUGCAGAUGAUUUUGAAAUGUGAUCAUGUUCUGAUGUUAUAACACUUGUUAACAUCAAUAUCUAUUUCACAACAUGCAUAACCAUGAUUGCAAGACAUUGUCAACACAGAUAUGGUUAUCAGGUACAUCAUUUAUCUGCCUCAGUUUCAUUAACAUUGGUGCGUGGAAAUACGCUCUCUCUCUAAACAUUUCUCUUGUGUUUUCUGACUGAAUCAUAGACUGUUUUCCUGCUUUAAUUUUUCUUGCUGAGCAGACGAGCAUUUUAUGUUAUAGUUUUCUUCUACUUUUCAAUGAUUUUAUUGUCUCAUCCCUGAUAAAUGAGGACUGGGUAUUUGUUAUCUGAUUGAAAUACAUGUACAACCUCUGUGAUAAUCAAAUAUUAACACUGGUUGCUUUCUUUGCAUGGUCACCCGUUUGCCACAGUUGCAAUUUUGCAUGAUAUCUUUGAGCAACACAAUGGCUUACCAAAAUUACCCAUGUUACUGUUGUGAUUAGCUCCAUGACAGCCUUUUAAAAAGAAUAAUCUUGAAGCCUUUGGUAUAUCUAUCCCAUGAUAAAUACAGUGUGGCACAGGGGUAUCAUUUGUGUGGCAUAUAAGGAGUUAACAGAAUAAUAGACAUGUUGGACAUUUUGCAUGUCUUUUUGGCUUAAUAUGGGUACCGGUAUGUUUAAAUCUCUCUCUCAUCAUUUAAUUACCUUUAUUAAAACAGUAGGUGUGCAUUAUUGUAUAGUACUAAAAGUUGCAGAGACUAUAUUAUUAUGUAAAAGAAACUUUAUAACAUGUUAUACAUGUUUGUGAUUGUCAUUAAAACUCUAUUGGAAA